UUUCAAGAGGUGUGGGACCCUUUGACCCGGCGUGGCGGGUAUAUAAGGGGAGGGCAGGUCGAGGAAGGCAGCAGGUGUGGUGGCAGCGUGUAGCAGCUAUGACGGCCUCCACGGCUCUGCUAGUCUUCGCCCUCGUGGUGGGCGCUCGUGCAGCUCCUCAUGGAAGAGACGCAGACAUAUGCUCGAGGGAGUGUCCCGUCGCCGGCGCUCCCAAGCUCUUCUACCAACCAGGAAAGACCUACACCUACGAGUACUCCGGCAAGUCCAAGGUCCAGCUGAAAGGUGUGGAAGGUGGACAAACAGAAAGGGAUUGGUCAGCAAAAGUUGAACUGUCAUGGAUCACCCCAUGUGACAUGGUCAUCUCCUUGAAGGAGGCGAAGGGGCAUAGUGGUCAUGGGCCAGCAGCCGCCAGGUUCCUGGAGAGGUACCCGCUGGUGGUGGCGGUGGCCGACGGCCGGGUUCAACACGUGUGUAGUCAUCAUGAUGACGACGCCUGGUCCAUCAACAUGAAGAAGGGCGUCGCCUCAAUCUUCCAGAACUCUCUCCCAUCCAAUUCUACCAUCAACUCUGGUCAAAAUAUUACUGAGACGGACGUGGUAGGAACGUGCCCAACGAGGUACGAGGUGCAGAACCAGGGAGACAAAGUCAUUGUGAAGAAGGAGAAGAACCACCGCCUGUGUAAGCAGCGUUACCCGACCCCUGCUGAGACCCAGGUUCCCUGGCUCAAAGGUCCUCUGCCGCUGGAAGAGUCCCGCUCUGUGUGUAAACAAGAGAUCAGGAACGGAAUCUACUCCAGCAUCACCUGUGAGGAUAAGAACGUGGUCAGACCCAGCUAUGGUGCCUAUAAGUAUAUUGAAGCCAAACAGGAGUCCACUUUCAGAUACAUCUCAGAAUCCAACGACGAAUCAGGUGCCGCCUCUGCCAUCUCUCAAGAAAACAUGGACCGCAGGAGUCUCCGGUUUGACUACGAUACCUUCAAGAAGGACCCGUCCAUGGUGGCCCAUUUGGAUCAGACCAUGAAGCAGAUCUGUGAGAAGACUGAAGAUGCUGUUGAGCGUGAUGUUGGUGCUCUGGUAGCCAAGGCUUUGCAUCUCAUGCGCCGGGUACCAGAGGAUGCUAUUGCGCAAACUUUGGAUAAAAUUCGCAGCGGACAAUUCUGUCAACACUACAAGAAGCUGGAGGACAUUUUCCUAGAUUCUGUUGCCUUCGUCCACGAGGCUGGUGCUGUUAAGGUUAUGGUGAAAGAACUAGUUGGUGGGGAUCUCAAAAAUGGUCGUGCUGCUCUCUACACUGCAGGUCUCUACCUUCUUCCUCGUCCAUGUAUCCAUGCCAUGAUGGCUCUCAAACCAUUGUUCGAGUCUGACCAUCCUCUACCAAUGCCCACUCUGGCUGCUGCUUCAAUGGUAAAAACUUACUGCCGCCACAAUGACAAAUGUUUUGAAUUAGCACCAGUUAGGAGCCUAACUGAAGCUCUAGGUCACAAACUACAAAGUCAGUGUUCUCCUUCUGACGAUGAAGAGACAGAAAAAGCUGCCCUGACAACACUUAAGGCUCUGGGUAACAUGGGCAUAAUGACCCAAGAGGUGGCCAGGUCUGUCUUCAGAUGCAUGGAAACAGAAGGAGUUAAGAACAACAUCCGCGUGGCCGCCGCACAAGCCUUCAGACAAACAAAAUGUCAUCGCCAGUCGACCGAGCAGCUCGUUAACUUUGCUGUUGAUCCUGCUAAAGAGACUGAAGUUCGCAUUGCCUCCUACCUUGUGGCAGUUCGAUGUGCUAAACAAAGUGACUUUGAGAAAAUUGUUGCCAAGAUUUCCAAGGAGCAGAACACCCAAGUUCGUGGAUUCAUCUUUAGUCAUAUCCUAAACCUUCAACAGUCUGAUGCGCCUGAGAAGGCAAACCUCCGAUACCUUUUGGAAAAUAUUGUUGUUCCUAGGAACUUUGAUAAAGAUAUCAGAAAAUAUUCUCGCAACAUUGACGUGUCAUACUUCUCCUCGUCCCUGGGGGCUGGUGCCGGCGUGGAGUCCAACAUCAUCUACUCUCCGGGAUCCUUUGUCCCUCGCUCUAUUGACUUCAACCUCACCGCCGCCUUAGCGGGAAUAUCAAUGAACUUAGGCGAGGUUGGUGCACGGUUUGAGGGCUUCGAACCUGCCAUUGAGGAAGUAUUUGGACCUGAAGGAUAUCUCCAGAAAACUAAUUAUGGCCAGUUGUUAAAUGACGUUUCGCAAUUUGUUGGAGAAAAGGGAAAAAAUAUCCUUGAACAUUGGCACAAAGGAAGUAGAGAAAGACGAUCAAUUAAUCCGUCUAUCCUGUCCUCAUUGUUCAAAAAACUUUACAGUGAUGAAUCAAGAGUUACCAAGGCUGAUAUUUUUGCUCGCUUCAUGGGUCAGGAGAUAAGUUUCGCUUCACUAGCUGGAGACUUAAAGGACGCCAGUGUUGACAAAAUUGGGAACUAUAUCGCCCCAUACUUCCACGAUUUUUUGAUUCAAAUAGAGAACCUGGACAUUAAUUCCGCUCGAACCGCUCAAAUGAACUUUGAUUACUCUUUCCCCACCAUCCAGGGGACACCCCUCAAUCUUAAGAUGGUCGGAACGGCUGUUAUUGGACUGAAAAUGGAAGGAAAUCUCAACCUUAUUGAAAUUGGACAUGAUAUGAGAGAUGGUGAGAAGACUCUCAAAAUCAUUCCAAGUCUAUCGAUACAAUUAGACGGUUUUGUUGGCUAUGAUGCUUACCUCGGCAAGCAUGGACUCAAGAAAAACACCACCAUCUCGACUAGCAACGGUCUCUCUCUCAGCGUUAAGACCAACAGCAAGAAUGAGCUGGAAAUUCAGUGGGACCUUCCUGAGAAGAUGGAAGUUAUUAAUGUGAAGAGUGAGACAUACCUCAUGAUGAGUGAGAGAGGCAGACCAGAGACCAAGGUCAUCCCACAAUCCAUGAGGGACACCAGGAUCAGGACCCAUUCGUGUAUCAACAGUCUUGAACCCGCGCUAGGUCUCAAGUUCUGUUAUGAACUGGACAUCCCGGAUGUCUUCCGUAGCAACUCUCUGCCACUUGGGGCCCCGGCCAUUGCCAAGAUAUACGCCGAGAAGGAAGAGCCAUCCAUGAAGGGCUAUCGUAUGACAAUAGGCGCUCAGGACAAGAGAGGAGCCAAAAUGUUGAUAGUAAAGGUAGCAAUAUCUGGUUCUACAAGACUAAAAGAAGCUGAAGCAACUCUGUCCCACACCAAAGAAGGCGAUUCCUCUGUGCUUUCUGCCCGACUAAAAUCUAAUGCAGCUACCAGUGGAGUCUGGCUCAACAUCAUCAACGGCCAUGAACACAAAGGCGUCCAAGCUCAUUUUAAGCACAAGUCCGAUCAGAAUGACAUUUCUCGUGGUAUUAAGAUAGAUAUGACGAGCAGGUCAACGUCGUCUGAGAAAGAAUACCGGUUUGAAGUGUUCAGCAGUCGAAACAGGAAUUUCCCGCCAGAGUCUCAAAUCUUUGAAAGCAGGUUUGAAGCCAAAUUGGAUCGUCCUGUAAUAGUUGUGGACAUGUUAUCCAAAACCAAGAACAACUUAAGGAAUUAUUUGGACUGGGAUUUGGAAAUCGGAGCGGACCUGAGGCACUCCCCACACUUCUCCGUGCCCAUGUUGUCGACGCUGCGCAAGUUCGAUUUCCGGGCCGGCAUGGGAGGGUGGAAAGUCAGCUCCAUUAUAAAGCAGACACGCGAGUCGAGCGAGAAUUCUGCUUUUUCAUCAGCUUUCAAGAUUGCCCGAAGGAGCGAUGAACUGUUCUCAUUUGAGGCUACCCACACUACACAAGGGAGACUUUACCACGACUUUGUCGCCAAAACUUCCGCAAAGAUUAAACUUGACAGGUUAGAAUACAAGGCGUCUUGUGAUGCUCACUGCGGGCAGGAAACAAAGGGCGUAACGCUGGAGAUCAUCAACUCUGCGGGCAGCGAGAAGAUCGCUGACAUCAAGGCUCAAUAUGAUCACACUGGAGACUCGCUAAGCGCCAAAUUCGAGGUGGAUGUGCCAAGGUACAUAAAGGCCAUUAAGUUUGAGUCCAAGUUGGCGGGACAUGGACAGGAACGUUACAUGCUUGAAACCGCCCUCAAGCACGGAGACCACGUCAUCCUUCAGGCUCAAGGACCAGUCACCGCUAAGCUCUCACCCAUGACAGAAUUCCAAGCUGAUAUUAGGUUCAAUACCCUCAACAGCGGACACCACAGGUUCGCGUCCACUGUUAAGUUUUCCACCAACCAACAGAUACUCUCCUUUGAACUGAAAGACGAACAUGAAUCCAUGUUUGCUGUAGAAUGGGAUGUUAAAGCUGAAGCCCCUAAGAAGACUUCGAUGAUCUUUAAACUCAAACUGAUGUCACUAUUAGAAUAUGAAGUCGAUGCCAAUAUGAGCGAGAGAUCUGUCCGUGUUAAUUUUAACUCGUUGCUAUUCGCCAAAAGCUCUUCCCCUCGUCGAGUGAAGGGAUACACUGAGAUUGAUGUGCAACAGAAGAAAAUACAAGCUGACCUCUCCCUGGACGCAGAUCGCGACGCAAAUAAGAAAAUUGCAUUUGAAUGUUCACUGUCGAGCAGCUCAUCAAGCCCCCUACGCGCUACUAUCGAAGGACACUUUGUGUGGAAGUCCAUCACUUUUCCUUUCAAAUUAGACGUUACUGCAACUAACAUCCUGGUUCAUUCCCGAGGGGAAAAUGGAUUUAAUUUGGAGAUAAUGACACCCGUUCAACGGACAAUCAAGCUUGAGGCGGUGAAUAAGAUGGAACUACAAAGAAAUGGCUUCAAGAGCGACACUCGUGUCCAUUAUAUCGACUUAUUAGGUAAAGACUACAAGUUGACCAAUCACAUGGGGCUGGAAAAUUUGGGCGACCCGUGUUGCUUCAAGGUGGAUUAUCGGCUAGGCUACACCUCGCCGCGAGGCUUGGAGUCCUCACUAGCCCUAGAUGCGAAGCACCAGAAAACUCAGCACGGACGCAUCAUAUAUUCUAAGGUUUCAGCAUCGACUCCUAGCAGCAGGAAGCCUUUACAGGUAGAGUUCCAGUCCUCCAGUGAGGAGAACUCUUAUAACAUCCACUGGAAGGCGGACCUGGACUCCCCAGCCACCAUGUUCAAGUGGGACAUGGAGACGCACCAGGAGGGUGGUGUCAAAUCCUUUGAUUCUUCGAUAGAUAUGACAGCUGUCCGUGACGUAAUAAAGACCGUGCGUAGGAUGGUUGAAGGAAUAAAGCCCAUCAAUGAACAUCCGGUUAGAGGAGGUAAGCAGAGUAACGAAGAAAAAGACUAUGACAGUAAUACGGACGAAAAUGUGGAUAGACCUGACAAAGGACACCAAGGUGAAGACUAUGAAAAUUACCCGGACGAAUAUUCGGAUAGAGCUAAUUUCCAGAGUAGCGAAGGGAGAGAUUAUGUCAACAACAUGGACGAACGUCCUUCUAGACAGCAUUACCAGAGAAUGCGAAGACAGCUAAAUAAGAAGUUUAGAAACGAACCUGAGUAUAGAUCAUCCGACUUUGAUUACGAAAGAAAUGAACCUCAGGAUGGAACGCUUAAGUUGAGAAAGGUAGGAAACGAUUACGACAAUGAGAGAAACGAUUACGACAACGAGAGAAACGAUCAAGACAAGCCUAGCAAAGAUAAUGACAACACAAGGGAACAUCCCGGUCGAGAGUCUUACCGUUACCGCUAUGAAAACCCCUCACCCGACACCUACUCCCUGCUCUACAGAUCUCCAUUCCGCUCCAUGGAGGGUGAGGCAGAGUUCUCUUCUUCACGGUCAAGUCUCAAGUUCUAUCCUAACAGGGACCAGAGUGAAGACAAAUACCAGAUCGCUACAUCCUCCGAAAACAACUCUGACGAAUCGUCCAAGUUCGAAGGCAGCUUUAGUCGCCCAGGUCAUAGGGACAUGCGAUUUGAACUUCAACGCUCCGGCAGCGGAGAGAGCUUCAGAGGCUCCAUUGAACUAGACAUGUUCCCAGACACAGCAGACAAGAUUACAGGCACCCUGCAGUCAACCCUCACCGCCGAACAUACUGUCCAGAUUGAAGCAUCUUUACGUACUAGGGUGCUGAAGGUUCAUCCCAAGGUCACCGUAAUGGCAGCCUAUGCUAACCACACGACUGGCUUCGAUGUCCAGUUCCAGGAGUCUCCCUCCUCCCCGGUAACCUUCCAGGUGUCGGCCAUAUACGACCGGGUCUCCCCUAGAGAUGCAACAAUGGCCUUCCGUGUGAUUAACGCUGGAGUCCCCGUGGUGGACAUCGCUGGAACGAUGCAGCGUGAGGAAGAUGCAGAGUGUAACGGCCACAAGGUCAAGGCUGUGGCUCACAUUUCUCCUCUUGGCACUUAUGACAUUCACUCCAAGCUCUGUAAACCUGCCUUCAUCCAAAUAAAGACCAAGAAGCAUCAUACUGAGAUGGUUUUCACCACGAAGCUGGGUUACCAAGCACCCAAUGAUAUCGUGGCCAGUAUAGCUGCGGGCGGCGACGUUCACCAGGAGAACGAUGUCAUUUGGAUGAAGCGCGUAAAGCUUGCGUCUCCUGUACGGGUCAAAUUUGAGACCGCUUAUAAGCAACAGGAAUACACCGCGUGGAAGGAGACUCUGAAGGGCGAUUAUCAAAAAAUCCGAUCGGCUGUUGUGUCAGAAGGUCACCGCUGGUACCGGUACAUGAAGCAGCAGGCCCGUCAGCAGGGCGUGCCCUUCCCUGACCCCCAGAUCCUUGCACUGAUCGAGGAAGCCAAGAGUGACCUAAACCAGAUAAAAUAUAAAGUAUAUGCGAAUAUAAUAGAUCGUUGGCAUAGCUAUAUUUACGACGUACUGAGUGAUCCUACAGUCUCUGAUGUAUUGAGGUUCUUCUCCGAAAUGUGGCACGGUGCGGCAGACUUCCAAAAGACCUUGGCGGGUCGUCUGGCUCAGGAGGUCACUGCUUGGCAGGCAGACUUCCGCGGCUUUACUGAAUUUGUAAGAAAUGCUGUGGCAGAGAUUGCACGAAUGGCAGAGACGGGUGAACUCCCUGACGCAGUACGUCGCCUGCUGGAGACCACCAAGAUCUACAAGGUCCUCAAGAGUCAACUGGAAGCCACAAGGCAGCGGUUCCCAGAGGAGUACGAGGCCGUGAUGCAGGUGAUGGCCAAGGUCCGAGCAACUCUCAAGCAGGACUUUGAAAAAGUGAAGGCGAAGCUCAUGCACAUCCCCGCUGUGGAGAAGGCCGUCUCUUGGAUCAACCAUUACAGCUCCGAGCAGUUUAUGAGAUGGGAAGCUGAUAAGUUCAUAAGUCGCCUACUUCAGGAAGUAAACUUUAUCUCGACCAAAUCUGAUGCUGGCUACAGUAGUGCAGAAUUCCAUCUUCCCAAACCUCUGUAUUCCUUAACCCAGUUUAUCCAACAAGCAUUUCCAAGUCCUACUAAAAUGCUUAAAAAUUUGAUAUGGAGCUUUGAUACAUACAUUCCAGCUCCUGUACAAGAUGUAAUCUGGGCGUACUAUGCUUCCAUGCCUCCUUACAGAACAGGUUCACUUUCUCAGUACGCGGCAUAUCUUCUGCCCCCAUUCAACCGCACCGCCAUGGUUGUGAGCGACACAGAGAUCCUCACCUUUGACGGCGCUGUGCUCCGAGCCCCACGCUCACCGUGUGAGGUUGUCUUGGCUGCCUAUAAAUCCAACAAGCUUACCAUGGCUCAUCCUCAACCCUCGGCCCCGCCACAGAUCAACUUUUCUACUCGUUCUGCUAAAGUUACCAUUAAGCCAGACUUCCGGGUUACUAUCAAUGGUCAAGAGAUGAGCAGGUCACGACAAAGUGUAGGUGAUGUCAGCAUUCAGAAGACGUCCCAAAAAGUGAAAGUAAAAUCGCCCUUCAUGGCAGUCGAGAUAUUCCGCCAUGAACGUGUCGUAUCCGUGAACGUGUCUGGCUGGACCUUCGGUCACAUUGCGGGGCUCAUGGGCAGUUACGACAACGAAGUUGGCAACGACUGGUUUACGUCUUCGGGAAGGAACGCCUCCAGCUUGAAGGAGCUAGUGGCAUCAUGGCAGGAGGACCAGCAGUGCCCGACCCCCGACAUCUCCCCCUACGACCAUAGCAGGACGCCAGCAGAACGGAUCGUUGAGUGCUAUUCUCUGCUUGAACUUCGGUCCAGAUGCUACCCGCUGGUUCACCCCGGGCCCUUCGUGAAGAUGUGUCACGCGGCCCACCAGCCCUGCGACGCUGCGAAAGCCUACCGCACCAUCUGUGCUUGGAAAGGUGUAAAGGAUAUGUUCCCCAUUGCCUGUUAACCCCUAAACAUUUAUGUACUAAUGAAGUUGUCAGUGAGAUAUUCCUUAGUAGUAAACUUCUAGAUUGUGUUUGUCUUGCAUAUUUAAAAUAACAAAAAAAUUAAAAUAAUUACUAAUAAGUGAA